AUGGUGAACAGGUGGGGCGAUCGUGAAGUCGAGUACAACUGUCGCUCGCCCGUCUGGCUGUUCAAGGAUGCGGAGAACAACGUCUUCCAGUCUCCCCUGAAGGACCUGACCAAGCAUAUGAUUAUUCGUUACAAGACCGGCCGCAAGGCUGGGCGUGCUCUUCUCAAGACCAUCAGGAGGUCCACACGGGCCCCGAGACGCGUUUGGGCCGACGCCCACGGCAUCGCCAUCAUCCGCAGCCCCUUCAACUCCCGCGGUGAGCGCCUCUGGGUCCUCGAUGCCUGCGAGAUUUACCUCGACGACUCUGAGACGGCCACCGUCUACUUGAGCGUCGUCAGUCUCGACACCUAUCGGGUAUUCCACACCCCGCUAAAUACGAUAUGCUUCGUGCCCCAGCUCGAGAUCGUCGACGAUACUGGAGUGAAGCAUUACAUCACCCCUGUUGCCGAGAACUGGUUCGUCCAGUGGCCUGUGGGGCGGCCCGAGCUCGUGGAGCGCAAGGAGGGCCCCUUGCCGGAUGAUACCACCACCAUCAGCAGCGCUGCCGCUCGCAAGCAGACCUUCCGGCACGAGUGGUCUGCCCCCCGUGGAGGGGGUGCGGGUCAGCUGGGUCUCUGGGAACGGGAAUGGGAAGACACGAUGGAGAAGGAAGCUGUUCAGUAUCAGCAAGAGUUUGCUGAGACAGAGGAUAUGGGAGAGCCACUGACUGCCACCUUCGAUCUUCCCAUGCGCCCCGCGGCCGGAGGAGAUAGCCCCGCGGCUUCGGAUGUCUGA